AUGAAGCGUCAUCGCGUCGGAAUGCCAAGAAAAGGCAAUAAAGUCCGCCCUCAAGAGUCGAGCGAAUCACCAUGUAAAGAUUCAUCUGAAAAAAGCGACACUGAAGACGAGGUCACACCACCAGACACUCCUCCGGCCCGGAAAAUCCUUAGAAGACUAUUGGAAACCGAAGUACAAAAGGCAAUGCAAGAGCUAGACGAAGAAUUACCCUCCGUAACGACAAGAAAAGAACACCGUGCAGCCUCACUUAUUCCAGAAUUCGACCCCGAUAAUGAAGAAUGUAGUACCGCAACAGCGUGGCUCAAGAAAAUAGAUCAACUAGGCGAAAUUCAUGGCUGGAGCGAAACUACAAAGUCGUUUUACUUACAGCAUAGACUAAGAGGUCAAGCCAGACGAUGGUACAAUCGGCUUGAUGACUACGAUUAUUCCUGGCAAGAAUGGAAGCAGAUGCUGACGCGUGCUUUUCCCAAACAUCGCGAUUUCGGGAACAUGUUAGAAGAGAUGAUGAGCCGAAAGAAACUACCAACGGAAUCGAUGACGAAAUACUACCAAGACAAAGUGGCCAUGUGCUUCCGGUGUAAGUUGUCUGACAGCGCAACAGUCUCCUGCAUCAUUCGUGGUCUACCAUCAUCACUUCAAGCGAAUGCGAGAGCAUAUCAGUGCGAGCAUCCCGAAGAAUUAUAUGAAGGCUUUCUCUGUGCGCUGGAUGAUUAUCAACCGCUGUCAACGUCAAUUAGAACACGUGUGCAAAGUAAAGACGCUUACGAUCGACAGGUAAUUGAUAAAAAAUACACGCCUAUUAACCCUGACAUUGACCCGUGUCCGCGCUGUAAGAAGACCGGCCACAUAUUACGUAACUGCCCGUAUCCAGAUUCACGAACAUGCUUCAAAUGUGGCAAGCAAGGCCACAUUGCUACGCGCUGCGGAAUCACUCCGAAACCUGCGCUACUGGCUGAUGAUAAAGUUAAAGAAAUUAAACUUUUACAAAAUCACAACAAGAUUUACGAAAAAGCGGUAAAGAUCAAAGGCAUUCACGUUAAAUCUUAUAUUGAUACCGGCAGCCAAGUAAAUGUAUUAUCUACCCACGUGUCGAGACUAUUGGAUCUCAAAAUCAACCCGACCAGCACUAUCCUAAAGGGAUUCUCUGGAGAACAUCUACCCAGCUGCGGAGAGGUAGGUUUUAAACUAGAAAUCGAUGGUAUACAUAUCCCGUGCAAGGCUCAUUUAACAGACGUGGAUAUGGGGAACAUCCAUCUUUUGGUUGGACAGCCCAUCAUCAACAGCGACGGAAUGGUCUUAGAGGUCAGGGAAGGAAAAGCCACUCUCAAACAAGAUAUCGACUUUACAAGGCAAAUGGAUGUGAUUGAAGAGCGCGCUCGCUUUAAGGUCGUCACUACAGAGAAAGAGCGUCUAUUGCCUGGACUUUCCAUCAUCAAGGUCAACGUGAUAGAUAAUGACGAAGAUAACGAUGUCGUCACUACGCCGCAACAUUAUGAGCUACGAGGUGUUUCGUACUCAAUUCCUGCCACUCUGCUACGAGGCACCGUCGGGUACAUCAAAGUCAUCAACAAUGGAGCUCAAAACAUCAUCUGGGAGCAAGGCGAGGUGCUGACCAGAGCAGAUAGCUGCGUCACCGCACCGCAACCAGAAGUUCAGGUUAGCCCUAAAAAUUACACUUUGCCAUCGACUUCCGUAGCCAAAGCCAAUAAUGAUUAUUAUAGCAACUCUAUAGCAUCUCUGUUGCAUACUAGCCUAGCAAACGUUAGCACUAUUGGGGGAAUAAACAUAGAAGAUAUUAAGUCGGGUCCAUUAAAUAAAAAUGAUCAUGAUAGUUUAAUUACUUUAUUGACUAAUUACAGUGACUGUUUUGCGAAUAAAACACAAGACUUGGGAUGUACAGAUUUAUUAAAAAUGAAAAUAAAAUUGACAACUGAACAACCUAUAUACCGCCAACCCUACCGCUUGUCACAUAGUGAGCAGGAGAUAGUUAGGUCUAAAGUCUCUGAAUUAUUAGACGCAGGUAUAAUCCGAGAGUCCGAGUCAUGUUUUGCUUCUCCAGUUAUCAUUGUAAAGAAAAAGAACGGCGAUAGUAGACUCUGUGUUGACUAUCGAGCACUUAAUGCUAUUACAGUCAAAGAUAGGUAUCCGUUGCCCAAUAUCGAUGAUCAGGUUUCAAAGUUAGCCGGCAAGAAUUUCUUCACAAGUCUUGAUUUAGCACAAAGUUACCAUCAGGUUAAAAUUGAUCCGGAAGACAUACACAAAACCGCUUUUAUCACACCACAGGGGCACUUUGAAUAUACGCGUGUCCCAUUUGGCCUGGCUAAUGCACCAUCAGUUUUUAUGCGACUUAUAAACAAAAUCGUAGAUUCAUUACGAAAUUCCAAUAACUUUUCAAAAGACGGUAGUACGAAAACUUGCAAUAAUUUUUCGAACAACUAUGAAGUGUUAGCGUUUUUAGAUGAUUUGUUGUUGCCAUCUUUCGAUGUGCAGUCGGGCUUAGAUAUUUUAGAGAAGGUACUUCAUAAAUUAAGAUUAGAAAAUUUAAAACUAAACAUGAGUAAGUGUUCCUUUUUACAAAAUAAAAUCACGUACUUAGGACAUGAAAUUACACCGAGUGGCAUUCAACCGGGUGAAUCUAAGUUGGCAGCAGUGUCACAAUUUCCCACUCCUAGUAACGUUCACGAGAUACGUCAAUUUAUUGGGUUAUGUAGUUAUUUCCGUAAAUUUAUUAAAAAUUUCGCAAUAAUUGCCCGCCCAUUGACCGAUUUAACAAAGAAAAACGCGGCUUGGAAUUGGGGCCGUGAACAAUCUAAUAGUUUUGAACAAUUAAAACAGUGUUUGUGUACAAAACCCAUACUAGCUUUAUACGACCCCGCAUUACCGACGGAGAUUCACACGGAUGCAUGCAAAUCAGGUAUCGCAGGCAUUUUGUUGCAAAAACAAACUGAUAAUUCAUUACGCCCCGUUAUGUAUUUCAGUAGAGUAACGAGUAAGGAAGAAAGCAUGUAUCAUAGCUACGAGCUCGAAACUCUCGCGGUAGUCGAAUCGUUGCGUAGAUUUAGGGUGUACAUCAUAGGCAAACAUGUUAAGAUCGUGACUGACUGUACGGCUGUUCGUGCCACCUUAACUAAACGUGACAUUAUCCCGCGUAUAGCCAGGUGGUGGCUGUCAAUCCAAGAUUUUGAUAUGAGUUUAGAAUAUAGACCCGGAGAGAGAAUGAAACAUGUAGACGCGUUAAGUAGGAACCCAAUCGAUACUAUGAAUGUGAAUCGCCUUGAAGUGUCGGACUGA